AUGCUCUACCUCCUGUGGACGCAAGAGGGCGCUGCGCUUUUGCAGAAACCCACAGCAGAUCAGCGGAACACGGUGAGUGUCAGACCCCGAUUACAGUCCCUAAACCCGCAUAGACCCCGACACAGAGCUGCCCCCCGUGCAGAACCAGCCCAGACCGGUGCAGGAGCCUCAGCAGCCGGACAGAGCCGCGAAGAGACGGUCACGGGCUUUUCCCUGACCAGUCCCCGACAUGGAGCUCUUCUAACCUGGUCCCCUCCCUGUGAGCUGUAG